AAAAAAGGACCAAAAAUGUUUCUUCCCUAACCACUACCACCGGAUCCACCUCCACCCCCAAAAAAAGAAAAAAGAAUAGGAGAGAGAAAAACAGUUUGUGAGUGGCUUUUAAUCGAUCGUCAAUACCGGCGGUGAUUUACCAAACUUAAUCGAUCAGUUUCCUUUCAUCCUCCUCUUUUCCUGGCCUCUUUCCUCUCUCACCCCUCACCAUAAAAGACCCCAUAUUAAGCAGUCAAUAAUGUCUGACGAAUUUGCAAAAGGAUAUGGAAGACUUGUUGAAUGCCGAAUUGUUCGACAAUAGAGAAAAGUACGGCGUUGAAAUUGCCGAAUCUAGUGCAGAUACAACGACGGAGGCUCUAUACGAACGUAGGAGAAAAGUCAUGGAAGAUGACGUGGUGGGCUUCCAUGAUCAUUCAACUAGAUUGGUUCAACAGCUUACGGAAGGGAAUCUACAGCUUGGUGUCGUUUCAAUCGGCGGCACAUGUGGGUUGGGGAAAACCACUCUUGCGAGGAAAAUCUACAAUAAUGUCGGCAUUAAAAGUCACUUUAAUUGUCGCGCGUGGGUGUGUAUUUCUCAAAAUUUCAAAAUCAGAAAUGUGUUGCUUGAAAUUUUAAAGUAUGAGAUGCCAAAAUCAGAGUUGACAGGGAAGAAGCUGUUCAAAUACUCAAAUGAUGAUGAACUAAAAAAGAAGCUAUUCAAAUGCUUGCAAGGGAGGAGGUACUUGAUAGUCAUGGACGACAUUAUUACCGAACUCUGGGAUGAGGUAAGAUCUGCUUUUCCUGAUGAGUCCAACGGAAGCAGGAUAUUGCUCAUUGGCUGCUUAAAACGAACUUCACUUAGCCAUACUUUCAGUCUCUCAUUUCUUGGGAUAGAUGAAAGUUGGGAGCUCUUUAGUAAGAAGGUGUUUCGAGGAGGAACAUGUCCUCCCGAAUUGGAAAGUUUGGGAAUAAAAAUUGCGGGACAUUGUUGUGGUUUGCCACUUUCCAUCGUGGUAUUAGGGAGCCUAUUAGCAACCAAAGAGAAGACAAGCCAAGCAUGGUCCGAAUUGAUUAGCAACUUAAAUUGGGACCUUAAGGAGGUCAGUUCAAUAUGCGAAGACAUACUCGCCUUGACCUACACCCUUUUGCCUUGGCACUUGAAACCUUGCUUUUUGUAUUUUGCUGUAUACCCAAAAGGCUUUGAGAUCCCUGUGAGUCAAUUGGUCCAGAUGUGGAUAGGGGAAGGAUUCAUGCAGCACACUGGCCGUACAGACCUGGAGGAUGUUGCUGAAGAGUACUUGGAGGAGCUAAUAGAUCUAAGCUUGAUCCAGGUGGCUAGCAGGAGGACAAAUGGAGGAGUCAAGACAUGUCGUAUACAUGCUCUUAUACAAGACCUCUGCAUAUUAGAGAGUGUAAAAGUGAAGUUUCUUGAGGUUAGUACAAAUGUUAAUCUUUUAUUGGCGAACAAAUCCCUUAGAGUUUGCAUCCAGGGUAGCAUUGAUCCAUAUAUUUCUUCAAAUUCCUCUUACCCUUCCCUAUCUUUGUUGUUUCUUGGCCAACGUACACAUAGAUUUGACCCAAACCACUGGAAAUGGGUCCUCGAAAACUGCAAGUUUCUUCAAGUGCUUAAUUUUGGGUGUGUAGAUCUCUACUCCAUUCCCACAAGGAUAGAAGAAUUGAUCCAUUUGAGGUACUUGGCUGUAGAAUCUGAUGCUCUUAAAGCAAUUCCAGAUUCCAUUGGCAAGCUUAUAAACCUAGAAACACUUGAUUUUAGAGGUACUUUUCUGAAUUGUUUGCCAAAAGGGAUAUGGAUGCUGCCACAUUUAAGAAAUUUAUAUAUGUCUGGACCUGUAAGUUUACCGGACAAUUUGGAUCCAGAGGUUAGAGUUCUUUCGAGCCUUCAAACCCUUUCCACUGUAUCACUGAACCCACAAAGUGAUUGUCCUAUUGUCGAGGCCAAGCUCCCAAAUUUAAGGAAAUUAGGGAUAUGUUUUGCAGCCGACGAGAUCAACAACAAAGUAGUAGAUGUUUUGAACUGUCUCCACCAUUUGGAUCAUCUUCAAAUAUUGAAAAUUAUAAAUUGCUCCGAAUGUCCUAGUCUACCGAUUUCAUUUCCUCUGUCAAUCACCAAGAUAACCCUACGACAUGUGCGCGUAAAAGUCCGUCGAGACAUGAAAGUGCUGGGGAAACUUCCCAAUCUUCAAAUACUGAAAUUACAAAGUUGCUUGCUUUCUUGUAAGUUAUACGUCUUUGCAGGUUCGUUUCCUAAACUUCAAGUCCUUAAAUUGGAAAAUUUGAGAAUUAAAAAAUGGAAACAGAGAAGAGGUGCAAUGCCAUGCCUCAAGCAUUUGGUUAUCAAACAAUGUAUUGAGUUGACUGAGCUCCCAUCGAAUCUAUGGAGCUUGACCGCCUUGCGAGAUGUGGAGUUAUUAUGGAGCACCUCAGAUUUGGGAAAGAUGCUUUGGGAAAUGCAGAUGAAGGUUGGAUUCAAUCUACUGGUCUAUCCCCCUGCGUCCACUGACGACCCUGUCGAGAAAACUGUGAAUGAAUCGGAAUCUCGAGGGACAUCCUUUUCUGAUGGGAUUCGGAAUUGCAGAUUUAGCAGUGGGUUAGAGUUGGGAAGUUUUGUUGUGACCUCUAAUGUCCUGCACCAUUCAUGGGCUGCAAUUUCGGAACUCUACGGAGAAAUCCAUGAACCACCAUCUUGGGCUUCCCCUGUUAGAUUCAGAACUUUUCAGCAGCCAAAUUGUACAAUCAUAGCUUUCGUUACUUGGCCUCCUUGUACCAAAGAGCAUCUUCAAGGACAAGGAGGAGGAGACUUGGUUUCAUCAUCAGCUCUUAAGGAGACUUUUCCUCUCUUUGAAUUCCUGUCCACCAAAACCAACCCACGUUUCUCCAUUAACAAACCUGCAAUCGAUCUUUUUGCCAGUGUCCGUGGUGUGCUGGAUUUCUUGAAAUCUCAGAUAGGAACUUGUAGAAUGGGUGCCACAAAGGAGGAAGUUGCAGUUGUUGAGAAGGUUGAAAAUUGUGAAGCAAAAAGGUCACUCGAUUGCAGAGUCCUUGAGAAAAGCAACAAUUAUAGGAGGAUAACUAAUGUUUCUCAUCUGUAUGCUUUGUUUGUAUUUGGAGAAUUUCAUUUGUAUUUGAGAACAAUUCUGUUAUCUUUUGGAAGGAUUUGCGUUGUAUCAAACGUGCUUGUUAAAAUGCUCUGUUUUCCUUUUCGAUUCCAAUUCUUGGGAUGCAAAGCGGGAAGGGAAGGCAUCCGUGCUGGUGAUGGCAAUCGGGAGAAUCAAAGGCAAGACGGCCGCACCUCAAAUCGUAACCACCAAGGCCGUGCUCCUCAUUUCCUCUCUUCGAUAUUCUGCGUGCUUUUCUCGCUCGCGUCUAUGAAACUUGCCUAUUGCUCAUUGCAGGCGUAG